AUGGCUUUACCUCCGCAUGAUAGGAAGCAAUUCUAUCUCCUAGUGGUAUUAUAUCUUUUGCAAGGCAUACCUGUGGGGUUAACCUUUGGAACGAUCCCAUUCAUAUUGAAAUCCUCCCAAAGACAAACCUCCUUCGUAACCAUUGGGUUGUUUUCAAUGGCUACAUAUCCAUACUCAUUCAAAAUCCUAUGGUCACCGAUAGUUGAUUCAUGGUACUCCCAGAAGGUAGGUCGUCGGAGAUCGUGGAUCAUUCCCGUUCAAUUCGUUACAGGAAUAACGUUAUUGACGCUUGGAUAUUGCAUUUCAAAAGACAAGAUAUUACCAAAAGAUGUCUCAAAAGUUGACAUGAAGGCUCUUACCUCGGUGUUCUUGUUUCUGGUCAUUUUGUGUUCCACCCAAGACAUUGCUGUUGAUGGAUGGGCCCUUAACAUAUUAAGUAAGGAAAGCUUGAGUUAUGCAUCGACUGCUCAAACGAUCGGAUUGAACAUCGGAUAUUUUAUGAGUUUUACCAUUUUCCUAAGUUUAAGCAGUGAUGAAUUUAUGCAGAAGUACUUCCAUCGCGAUAGAUUAUUCCAGUUAUCAUCAUAUUUAACGUUUACCGGACUGUUAUAUCUUGCUGUAACGUUUUAUGUGAGCUUAUUUACAUCAGAAAAGGUACAUGUGGAGACACAUUCCCAUAUCAAGAAAGAUGACGACGAAAAAAUGAUAGAAUACCAACCUGAUGAAGAAGAAGACAACGAAAGCCAUGAUUUGAUUAACAUUUACAGAUUAUUCAUUAAGGUGAUGAAAUUACCCAGCGUUCAAACACUAGCCAUUGUUCAUCUAAUAUCCAAGUUUGCAUUCCAGUGUAACGAUGCAGCUACUAACUUAAAAUUGCUCGAGAAAGGUUUGAAACGGGAAGAUUUAGCCAUUACAGUUUUGAUCAAUUUCCCCUUCGAGCUCUUAUUCGGCUUCUACGUGGCCAGGUUAUCAAGAGCUGGUUACUCCUUUAAUAAUAAAAUUAUCAGGGCCGUUGCUGGAGAUGCAAGAACGUUGACCCCAUGGAUCAUCGGGUUCAUUGGCCGUUUAUCUGCCGCUAUUCUCGGAAACGUUGUUGUUUAUCUUUUCCCAGAAGAUGAAUCCGAGAUCAGCAUGUCAUUUUUCCUACUAGUCUUGUGCCAACAUCUAUUGGGAUCCUUCAUGAGCACCUUCCAAUUCGUCAGCAUGUCUGCUUUCCAUACCCAAGUAGCAGAUCCAGUCAUCGGAGGAACGUAUAUGACUCUCCUAAACACGUUGAGCAACCUUGGUGGUACAUGGCCCAGACUGCUGAUUAUGAGCAUGAUUGACUUCUUCUCCAAGUACGACUGCACAGGCGUGCCCCUCAUUCAAGGCCAAUCUCUAACUAAAGAGCAAUGCGUCAGCAUUGGUGGCCAGCUGAAUACAAUAAGAGAUGGCUAUUAUAUCACCAAUUUAUUCUGCAUUGUAUCAGGCCUGCUCAUAUUCACUACUUACCUAAAACCUACUGCUAUAAAACUAUGCAAAGUGCCAUUAGACCAAUGGAAAGUGUCCAAUUAA